UCAACCAAAACAAACUACAGAAAACCACGGCAGUUCACGACAGUUCGUACCGUCAUACGGCAGCGAAAACUGUUGCAGUUGAAGUAAACAUGUGAUUAGUAGCAGGAAACACACAGAUGGAGAACUACAGUAAAGCUCGGACCGUGGAGCGGCCGUCCGUCUGUCCGUUCUCCGGCCUCCCCGCAGACACGCCGGAGAUCCGCGUCAAAGACGGCAGCAAGAUCCGCAACCUGCUGCGCUUUGCUCUGAGCCGCAUGGAGGCCAAACCGAGAGCAGCCGAGGAGGAGGAGGGAGGUGGUGAGGAGGAGCGGCAGGAGGCGGCAGGUCGUCCGCUCUGCAAACACCUCGUCUUCACCGCUUAUGGGAAGAGCGUCUCCAAGGCCAUCACCUGCGCAGAGAUCGUGAAGCGGCGGCUGAAGGGGCUCCACCAGCUCACCAAGCUGCUGUACGGCACCGUGGACGAGACGUGGGAGCCGCUGGAGCCCGACGCCGGCCUCGACAGCCUCACUGUCAGCAGGAACCUACCCAGCAUCUGGAUCCUGCUCUCCAGAGAGCCGCUGGACGGCAGCCAGCCGGGAUACCAGGCGCCGGGCCGCUACGACGCACUGUGGGCUCAGAGCUCCAGCAGGGAGGAGGGCGGAGGGUUCAGCGGACAGAGACCGGGGCACCGGAGGAAGAGAGGCGGCAGCAGAGGGAAGGGACCCGGACGUCAGAGUGGACACUCCAGAGAGCCGGUCAAAGGACACAACUGAUUUAUUUUACAGUGCUUCAACAUACAGAGACUCAGCCACACUGACAGGAUUUAUAAAGGACUUCUACAUUUAAAACAGAUUAGAAAUCCAUCACAGGAAAUGUUCUUUUUGUGAAACUUGAUUUUACUGAACUCUGUUAAAGUCAGCAGACACUUGCAACCUGACUUCAUGUUCUUUGACUGCAGUGCUAAAAGGUUUUGUGGUCUGAAAUCUGACUUCUGAAAAUGUGCUUUUCAGUUGAGUAAAAUAAAGAAAUGUGUUUAGUUUUACUCUGAAA